CUGGGGGGGAAUCCGGGAAAAGGCAGCCGGGGCCGGCCUGCGGAGCCCCCCCCACCCCCCCCGCCUCCGCGGCGCGGAACCGGCGUGCUGACCCGGGUUAAGUCGGCCGUGGCCGGGCUGGUGGGCGGGCUGGUGGCCGGGGGGGGCUCCACCGGGACCGGGACCGGGCCUCCGGGCUCCGACACCCCGCUGAGGUUCCCCUACGCGCGGCCCUAUUUCCUGGGGCUCUCCCCGGACGAGGUGGAGUGCUCCGCGGACCACGGAGCCCGGCCCAUCCUCAUCCUCAAGGAGACCAGGAGAUUACCCUGGGCCACCGGAUACGCAGAGGUGAUAAAUGCGGGGAAGAGUGCGCUGAAUGAGGACCAGGCUUGUUGUGAGGUGGUGGUGGCCAGAAGGAGGCCCAUGAGCUACUGCCCCACCUCCACGCCCAGCAGGACCCCCUCCACCCAGAGACGCAACUCCCUCCCCAACGGGGAAACCCUCGGCCUCAGGCCGGAGUACGGACGCCUGGGAGAGGACGGCGAGGGUCUGGCGUUCCACUACUGGGCGCUGUUCGACGGCCACGCCGGUUGGGGCGUUGCCGUGGCAGCGGCCCGCCUGCUGCAGCACCACAUCGCAGGCCAGCUGCAGCCCGUAAUGGACGUCCUGCGGGACCGCCGCUCGCCGCCGCCCGCCGUGAUGGGGGAGGAGCCCGAGGGCCCCGCCCACCUCACAGGCCCCGCCCACCUCCAGGGCCCCGCCCACCUCACAGGCCCCGCCCCCCCCACCAGCACGCAGCGCUAUUUCACAGAGAAGAAGAUCCAGCACGAGAGCCUGGUGGUCGGCGCCAUGGAGAACGCCUUCAAAGAGAUGGACGCCCAGAUCGAGCGGGAGAAACAGGCCUUCAGCAUCUCUGGCGGCUGCACGGCGCUGGCCGUCGUCUCCCUGCUGGGGAAGCUUUACGGCUACAUGCAGCCUUACCUGCUGGGGAACGAGUUCACACACCUGGAAUUCCCCCGGAGGGUCCAGAGGAAGGAGGUGGGCAAGAGGAUGCUCUACAGAGACUUCACCAUGAGCGGCUGGGCGUACAAGACUAUCGAGGACGAUGACCUGAAGUUUCCUCUGAUAUACGGCGAGGGAAAAAAGGCCCGGGUUCUGGCCACUAUCGGGGUCACCAGAGGCCUCGGGGACCACGACCUCAAAGUCCACGACUCCAACAUCUACAUCAAACCGUUUCUGUCCUGCUGCCCCGAGGUGAGGGUGUAUGACCUGUGGCAGUACGAGCACGGGGCCGACGACGUGCUGGUGAUGGGCACCGACGGGCUGUGGGACGUGCUGUCCAGCAGAGAGGUGGCCGACGCCGUCGCCGCGUUCCUGAGCAACUGUGACCCCGACGACCUGCACAGGUACACCAUGGCGGCGCAGGACCUGGUGAUGCGCGCCCGCGGGGUCCUGAGGGACCGCGGCUGGAGGAUCGGCCCCGAGCGGCUCGGCUCCGGGGACGACAUCUCCGUCUUCAUCGUCCCGCUCAUGUACGGCAACAGGCAGCUCUGA